GACGCGCAGCACCGACGUCCCUAUAUGUAACGUCAUUGCAGAGCGACCUCCGGCCGUGGCCAGCGGUAGGGUCAUUAUUCCGGCCGUAGUACUACCGGAAAAAUCAACGUGGGGAAAACACGCUGGAAAAUUCUAACGCGACUAAUAGGCUGCCCCCAUAAGCCUGCUUGUAAAAGUGCAAAAUGGUUCCAUUCAUGUUGGAAAGGACAGCUUAGCCGUCACAUGCUCACUACAGCUGUGCGGGGACACCGCUGCUCGGGAUCAUUGGAUCAGUUACUCCGUUUAUGUGGAAGCCAAGUACGUGCGGUGCUAUGCACGUGUCUGAGCUAUGUAUAUUCUGUGUAUAACGUGUAUCCCCCGUGCUCGAUAUGUAAGGCUUGCUCCUGUGCCUUGCAGUAUGCAGUGGAGAGACACAGUUGUUUGUUUUGCUGAAACAUAGUUGCCAAAUGCAGCUGUAUCCCAGACUUCAGAAGAGCUCCAUGCAGUGGCCAUCGUACCACCCAGUUACACCCACAAGUGGAAUUGCGCCUGAGAUCGGAAAAUCCAUCUGCAGAAUGUUGGAUUUUAUGAUAAUUGGAUAAAGAUUAUUGAUGUUUCAUGUUUUGAUUUCCAAUGUGGAUGUAGUGUUGCAAUGCCUGUUGAUGCUAUGGCACCUAAGGACAUCAUGACAAACUCUCAUGCCAAGUCCAUCUUAAAUACUAUGAACUGUCUUCGUAAGAGUCAGACAUUAUGUGAUGUGACCCUCCGCGUAAACACACAAGAUUUUCCUGCUCAUCGCAUUGUUCUAGCUGCUUGCAGUGACUAUUUCUGUGCCAUGUUUACCAGUGAGUUGUCUGAGAAAGGCAAACCAUACGUGGACAUCCAGGGGCUGACUUCAACUACUAUGGAGAUACUACUUGACUUUGUGUACACAGAGACGGUUCAUGUAACAGUGGAGAAUGUGCAGGAGCUCCUGCCAGCUGCUUGUUUACUUCAGCUGAAAGGUGUAAAACAGGCAUGCUGUGAUUUUCUGGAAUCUCAACUCGAUCCAUCCAACUGCUUAGGAAUUCGGGACUUUGCAGAGACUCACAAUUGCUUGGACCUGAUGCAGGCAGCUGAAGUUUACAGCCAGAAACACUUUCCAGACGUAGUACAACAUGAAGAGUUUAUCUUGCUUCAGCAGGAGGAGGUGGAGAAACUAAUCCGAUGUGAUGAGAUUCAGAUAGAUUCUGAAGAGCCUGUGUUUGAGGCUGUGAUAAACUGGGUGAAGCACAAUAAGCAGCACAGGGAGAAGUCCCUUCCACAGCUUCUACAGUAUGUGCGCAUGCCACUGCUAACACCACGCUACAUCACAGAUGUUAUAGAUACAGAGCCCCUAAUCAAAUGCAGCUUACAGUGCAGAGACCUAGUGGAUGAAGCUAAAAAAUUUCACCUGCGUCCAGAGCUAAGGAGUCAGAUGCAAGGUCCAAGAACCAGGGUGCGCCUGGGAGCGAAUGAGGUGCUACUUGUUAUUGGAGGAUUUGGUAGCCAACAGUCUCCUAUUGAUGUGGUGGAGAAAUACGAUCCCAAAAACCAGGAGUGGAGUUUCCUUCCAAGUAUUACCCGUAAGCGCCGUUAUGUGGCCACAGUAUCACUCGGGGACCGUGUCUAUGUUAUAGGAGGUUAUGAUGGGCGCUCUCGUCUCAGCUCAGUGGAGUGUUUGGAUUACACCUCAGAAGAGGAUGGAGUUUGGUACUCUGUGGCUCCCAUGAAUGUAAGACGAGGGCUGGCAGGAGCCACCACUUUAGGAGAUAUGAUAUAUGUCUCAGGUGGAUUUGAUGGAAGCAGACGACACACAAGUAUGGAACGUUAUGAUCCUAACAUUGACCAAUGGAGCAUGUUGGGUGAUAUGCAAACUGCGCGUGAAGGGGCAGGACUUGUUGUAGCCAAUGGAGUUAUAUAUUGUCUAGGUGGUUAUGAUGGCUUAAACAUUCUAAGUUCUGUGGAACGAUAUGAUCCACAUACUGGUCACUGGAGUCACGUGACACCUAUGGCUACGAAACGCUCAGGUGCUGGAGUGGCCCUUUUAAAUGAUCACAUCUAUGUGGUGGGAGGAUUUGAUGGCACUGCUCAUUUAUCUUCUGUGGAAGCCUACAAUAUUCGUACAGAUUCCUGGACUACUAUGACCAGCAUGACUACACCACGAUGCUAUGUUGGAGCCACUGUUCUACGUGGGAGAUUAUAUGCCAUUGCUGGCUACGAUGGGAAUUCUCUGCUGAACAGUGUUGAAUGCUACGAUCCUGUUAUUGACAGUUGGGAUGUGGUUACAUCCAUGGCCACCCAGCGAUGUGAUGCCGGAGUCUGUGUCCUCCGGGAAAAGUGAGCACAAUAUCUGUGAUGCUAGGAUUGAUCCACUUUACACUUCCCUGUUCGCGUCUGUGUUCUGCAGGGAGAACAUUGACCUUUUGGUUCAAAAAAUAAAACAUGCCUCCCACUGCCAAGGUGCAUAGGAACUGUCAAAGGCAGAAGCCAUUGUAAGCUGUGAAACCGGAGGUGCCUCUGUGUAAAAGUAUCUUUGGGUGGAGCAUUGCCGGAGAGGGUAACCUUGCUGAAGUGCCAAGAAAGGAAGGCAAUGUGAUUCAUACAGUCUCGAGGUCUAUUACACAAACUUGUAAGCACUGACAUGCAUUAAAUAAGAUUGUAUUGUGAAAAUGAAGAAUUAUUAAAAUAAUGAAUUGUUAUACUGUAGAUGAUGAUGAUGGUGGUGCAACCUGUGUGUUCUAGUGCCAUGGGACAUUAUUUGGGAUCGGCAGAACCCUUGCUGAUCUUUCAUAGUUUUGUUACAUUUCAGGAGAAAGUUUGUCCACUGAUAUUUCUAUGAUAAUUACAGAUUGAACAAAUUGCUGAAAGUGUAUUAAUAAAUGUUUGAUAAAACUAUAAAAAAA